CGCCAAGAUCGUCGGUCAAUGUCGCCUCAGAAAGGUUUUGUGUAAAUUAAUUUGCCGGUUAAGACGACUUUUACUUGUACAGUCGACGUUAUUAAGUGUAUGAUACACCAUUGUUUACAUCAAAACCAUCCGUUUGCCAUCAUCGCCGUCGAAUAUCGAUAUUUUACCCAUUUAAGUAUGAAUAUUAAUGCAAUGUCUUAUACCUGUGGUAAAAAUCGACGAAGCAUCCGUUUCAAAACCGUCAGGUUUAAGGGUAUUGAUUAUAUAUCUGAGGCCUCGGCCAGACGUCAGCUGAUGAUCAACUUAUUAGAACUUCCGGUUCCGCUCCAGCUGCUCGGUUACAUGUUUCCUCACAAUGGAAAGCUGCAGGACAACGCGUACAGAACACCAUGGAGUCAGUGUGUCCUGCUAUUUCAAUUUUAAGAGGAGGGUAAUAAAAUCUUAACAAGUAUACUACCUGUGACUGGAUCUCUUAUGGAAGACUUAAAGGAAUGUACAGGUUUUGGUGACUGCCUGGAAAGAUUGAAUAUUUUCCAAGUGCGGACAGGACGUGGACCGGAUGAACUGGUUCUCAGCUCUAACCCCAGCUCUCAGUGCAGUAUUAGCGCUACAGAAGCCCUCUGGCAUUUAGAGGAAGUUGAGAUCAGUGGAAACACUUCACCAUGGGAAGAGAGUUUUACUCCAUGCACACUCGAUGACUCAAGCUUCAGUUAUGAUGAUCUCACUCUCCCAGAGGAAGUGAUGUUCACGGACCGUCUGAGAUUCAUAAACCACCUGCCUUCAGUUCACACAAUGCUGCAGAGGCUAAAGCUCAUGACCGUGUCAGAUCCUUUUCUUCAUUCAUCAGCGAUGCUCUCAGACAAUGUCAUUUUUAGGCACUGUGCCUCGUACACUGCAGUUUCAGACAUAGUUCCUGAUGUCACAGCGCCUGAAGAAAACCUGACAGAGGUGUUCGAAAAGGAGUCGAUACUAAAUGAGGAGUCACUCAUGUUAGCCGUAGAAGUACAUAUGGAGUCUGUCCGGAGUCAUGAGACCAGUUUCUCAUUGAGAAAACUGCAAGAUCUUCUAAAUCUUACUCCAGAAUCAAUUGAAGACAAAAAACCCUGUGCAGACCUUCACAUGGAAGUCACAUCUGCUGAUGAACACAAGACUGAGGUUCUGCAAACUGAAGAAAGCAGCUCUUGGGACUCCAACUGGGAGCCAAAGUCGCCAGGUGCUUUGAGGUUAUACACUGAAAUGGAGUUAGAUUUGCCUCUCUCACCGUGUAAUGACCUGCCACCAGACCUGUUUUUGCCCGACGGGCCACUGUCACCUGAGCAACUCUCACCUGUUUAUAAACGACAUUUCAUGUCAGACAGUGAUUUUGAAAACAGGGAGAAAUCUGUUUGGAUGGCAGAGAAACAUCGCGAGUGCAUGGUGGGAUUUUUUCUAGCUGAACCACAGAUGUCCAAGCCUUCGGUUCACACUCAGACACUCUCGGACCUUCUCAUGCUCCUGAAGGUGAGGAGUGAACAUGUGGAGAAUAUGGACCGGCCGCACCUCACUGACACCAGAGCGAUGCUUCCCAAGAACUUCACAGAUCUCUCCGUCUAUACUGAGAACUUCCAGACCGCCGAUAUUGAGACACACCAGAUUGACAAAUUCUCCCCACUGUCUAUUGUGCAAAUAGAUGAGAUGCUGUUUGCUGCAAGUUUUGCUGACCAUCCCGCUGCAGUCCCCCCGGCCCCGAGUAAACAUCCAGAGACAUACAAGGAUGAAGAGAAGACUGUGAAGUUAUUAAGAAUAGAGCAAACUAGAGAAAUCAACUGUAAAACAGCACAAACAGUGCAGCAUGUGUCAAACUCGACAUCCUUUAAACAUAAAACACCAGAAAGAUGCCCUAAAAGAAACGACUCCAGAACCAUUUGUCCGUCUGGAGAACAGCCCAGCUUUUCUAAAGAGGUGUCCGAAUCACCUCUGUUGAAGCACAGAGAUAUGAAAGUGAUGUCAACGGUGCAUGAACAUGCCGAACGGUUUGAUCAAAAAAGAGAAAGAAUGAGCUGUGGAUCAUCACAGUUAUCAAACAGUUCCAACAGCAGACAAGUUAAUAGUUUACAUGUUAAAUCUCACGAGAGCAUGGACCCUUUAUCCUUCUUCAUGAUGUUAAGAUCUUCAAAGAAAAGUCCAGUCCAAACACCUCGACAGAGCACUCCAGCCUCUGCAGAGGUGAACGUGAGACAGAUUUCAACAGAAAACGCAUUGCCAGUCCAGAGAGUGAACAGAGGGAAUCUGGUCUCGAAUGCAGAAAGGUUUUUUACAUCGACUGAGAAAAUCUUGACCCAUGAAGAGAGACCCAUCAACAAAACCAUAUACGUUCAGGCCACAGAGAUCCAGAGAAGCGCAUACAGAGAGCUGAAUGUGUUGGCGGUGCCUUGUCUGAGCAGAGCGGUCGAGUCGGGCGUCACCGCUUUGAACAACAGAGACUUUGCUACUCUGUCACCUGAACUCACGCGCUUCCUCCUAAAGCAACAAGAGAGAAAACAUCACACACAGCAGGGAGCGGACGGUGUGUUGGAUGACAUCACUCUGCUGCAUGUUCUGGUCACUCUGAAGGAACUUCUGCUCAGAUGUGACCUUCAUGCGGCCGCUGAUUACCUGAGUCAGGUGAGGGGCUCCUGUCAUCUCAAGUGUCUUGAGGAGCUGAUGAAGAUGUUUGAGGUGUUGCAUUAUCUCAGUCUGAAGAGAUCCGAGCCCGACCCGAAACUACUGGAGCUUCAGAAUCAAAUGAGCACAUGGAUGAGCUCCAACAUGAACCACAACAACAGAGUUCUAGUUUUGACCGUGAAGCCUGUAAACACAGGAGUGCUCACGGCUCUCAGACAGGUGUCGGGAAACACUGUGUGUGCAGUAAGCCCUGAGGACGAGAAGAGCGCAGUCAUCUGCAGAGACGUGAUGAACAGUCUGUCCGGCAGCAGGUGUGUCGUGGUGUGCCGUCAACACAUCGGGGCUGAUUUCCCAUGGUGCAGUUUCAGUCUGGUGUUUGAGCUUCACUGCGUGGAUCACUCGCCCUUCAGCAGUUUGUGUUCAGAGAGAAACAUCAAGUACAUCUCCUUCUCCACGGCUGUGCCUGAAUUCAAAGACAGCAAGUCUGCGUCAUUUCUGGACUCGAUUCCGUUUGUGUUGCUCGUCACCGACGGUUUGCUGAAACGCUCGAGGAUUCAGCGCGCUCUGGAGACCACGUACGAUAUGACUCUGCUGGAGAGAAAACACCCUCCGUCUGCACAGAAGCUGGGAGGAGACCGUUAUGAUGUCAUCACUGUGGAUGAAAACACUGCCGUGUUCAUACAGGAGCUGAGCGAGCUGGAGAUGGAGAAAGCGUCUAAUCGUGUGGUCAUGAGACUGUCCUCUCUCUCUCUGCAGUUCACACGCUGCUGGCUCAUCCUUCACUGCUCUGAGAGUCACAGAGCGCUGAUUUCCAGAAGCAUCCAUAUAAAUCUGGUUCUGAUCUACUCUUCAUUCGUGCUGUUCGGACAACAGCCUGAGAAGUUUGAUGUUAAGGUGUUACUGGCGUAUGAGGAAGAAGAAAUAGCCAGAUACAUCUAUCGGAUCUCUGUACACACGUUCAUGAGUUCAGACAGAGAUGCUUUGAGCUUCCUGGAUCGAGACUGGAUCAGUGUACAGACUACAGAGGAGGAGCGUUGUCUGCUUCAGUUUCCCUGUAUCAAUCCUCUGGUAGCUCAGUUGAUGCUAAGCAGAGCUCCGUCUCUUCAGUGGCUGCUGGAAGCUUCUCUUGUUGAUCUGCAGGAGAUGUUUCCACAGGUCCCUCAUAAAGUCAUUAAGCUCUUCAGUGAUAUUACAGCCGAACACAAAGUCAAAACAGCUGCUUCAGAGAGUGAGGAUGAAGCUUCUUCGCAGACAAACAUCUCAGCUCAUCUUCCUCAUCCUCCUCAACCUCAGACAGAGAUCUGUCAAUCACAGCCGUCUACAGAGUACUUCACAGUUUCUCUCUCUGGACGGCAGGAGGGGAAGUCGUCCAUCGGCCAGUUUAGAGAGCUGAUUGGUCAGCCUCUGUGUUUAAUAAAGGAAAAUCACAUCUCAGAUCCAGCUUGGACUUUAUCAAACACACUGUUCAGCCAAGAUUCAGCAACAGCGAAGGAGGAAGGACGCGCUCAUUUCAUCUCAGAUCCAACACCAGUGGAAGCUGCUGUCCUCUCUGGUCCUCAGAUGCUGAGCUUCAGAAACACUGUGUGCGAAUUCAGCUGUAAACGACAGGAUCAGACUCAUUGGACGUCCCCUGAGAACACUGCUGAUCACAGGACAGAAGAGAGGAAGAGACUGAGGAGUGAAGAUGCAAACAGUGUGCCUCCGCAGUGUAAGAGAGGAAAACUGCUGUGUGAGAGAGUUCCAGGCAGGAACGAUGGACAGACCAGACUGAGAUUUUUCUAAAACAGUAACUUAUCCUCUGAGUUUUUAUUUGAUACGUUUCAUUUUUAGUGUUUAUGUAUUAUAUAUGUAAUUGUAUAUUGUACUUAUAUGUUCCUCAAAUUCUUUAGUUUAAUAUUACUUGUUAAAACCGAUAUAAUCUAAUAUUAACAGAUGUACUGUAGAUAUGAUUUCGUUGUUAAAAAAAAACUAACAUGACUUAAGUGUAGCAUGAUAUUGCCUGUUCGGAAUACAAUAAAAAAGUCAGUUUUCUUCAGUUA